AUGCCUCUUCCAUCCGACCCCGCAGUAGUCAAAACAAGUGAAGGACUAGUCCAUCAACUCCAAUCUAUGUUUGGCAAACAUGCCGGAAAAAGACCUGGUAACCCAUGCAAAAGGACUCCUCCUAACCGGAACCUUCAUCCCACCCCCACCGCACGUACUCUCUCCUCUGCUCCUCAUUUCUCCUCCUCCUCCACCCCCAUCUGGAUCCGCUUUUCAAACUCCACCGGUAUCCCCUCGAUCCCCGAUUUCGACGCGAAUGCUGACCCUCGUGGUAUCGCCAUCCGCUUUAUUCUCGAUGCCGAGAAGCACAAACACACAGAUAUAGUUGCCCACUCCACCCCCUUUUUCCCAACCCGUACGGGCGAUGAAUUUCUCGAAUUUUUGAAAGCUGCAGCGAGUAGUGGAGAAGGCGUUGAGAGUCCGAAACCUAUUGAGAAAUUUCUAGAUGCGCAUCCUAAGGCUUUGGCUUUUGUUACUGCGCCCAAGCCGGCGCCGACGAGUUGGGCGAGGGAGAAUUAUUGGGGUGUUAAUGCUUUUAAAUUUAUUGCUUCUGAUGGAAAAGAAACGUUUGUGAGGUAUAGGAUUGUUCCUGUUGAGGGUGUUGAAAUAGCGAGUGAGGAGCAGAAAAAGAGUUUGGGGGAGAAUUAUUUGACAGAAGAGAUUGUAGCGAGGUUGGAAAAGGGAGCGGCGGAAUUUAAAUUGGAGGUACAGAUUGCGGAAGAGGGAGAUGUGACGGAUGAUGCAACUGUGCAUUGGCCGGAAGAGAGAAAGGUUGUGGAAUUGGGACGUGUUAAGGUUGAGGGCUUGUUGGCAGAGAAUGAGAAAGAGCAGAAACAUGUUAUUUUUGAUCCGGUACCUAGGGUAGAGGGUAUAGAUGUUAGUGGUGAUCCUUUGGUGGAUGUUAGGGCGGGAGUUUACUUGAUUAGUGGAAAAGAGAGGAGAGCUGCAUAA